AUGCUUCCGUUGAAUUAUUCCACGCAAAAAUGGAAAAACAUCAUAAGCAGUACAAUUGUGAAAAUAGUCUUCGGAAAAAUAUUUAAACUCAAUUAUUCAACUCAACAAAGAGCCCAUAAUUCACCAAUGAAAUGUGAACUACUGUGGGUUAGAUCUAGCCCCUAUGUGAUGUCCUCACAACCUAUAAUACGGACACUCACUGCCAUUACCCGACAAACUAAGGCAUCAGGAAGUAGUGAUGGAAAAUCAAAAAUUGAGGUUACACCCAAGCAGAGGAGAACUCUCUCUGUCGCCUCGAAAAAGGUAUUAGGUAAACCCUCUAAAAGCUCUAGACUUUCUCAAAUCAGCCCGAUGAAGUCUAAUCGCCCGAAAGACCUAAUAAUCCUGGACGAUUCCAGUGAGGAUUCACCUCCAACUGGUCCCCCCACUAUCGCCCAGGGGACAUCUAGCUCAUCCAACUUCUCAAAAUCUCUCAAAAACCUCCAAAAACGGUCUAAAACUCCUAAAAGUCAUCGAAAAGUUCCCAGUUCUUCCCGACCAUCCACCACCCCUCAACUCUCCCCCUCACAAACCCCAAAAUACUGCAUCUCCCUCCUCGAUUCCGACGAUGAUGCAGAAACCCCUCUUCCCACCCCUCAUCAGUGCCUGGAAAAAAAUUCCAAGAAAAAAUUCUCUCCAAAACGUGCCUUAUCCUUCACUUCCUGUUCGAGUCCCUUAAAACGUCAGAGGAUCAACGAUAUAAUGUGCCAGCAACUGACAAAAGAGAAUAGCUUCCAAGGAUACGCCUUGACAACGACGACCAGCCUCAUAGAGAGCAUAGGUCCCUCCCAGGUGUUGACCCAAGAGAUUGCCAAGGAGAUGAGUUUCUCUACAAAGACUGAGAGUGUCAUAAAGGAGGAUGUGAUGCUAUCCGAGGAUGACUGGAACCCUGCCGAAGCGGAGGACUCGAUGAGGCCUCUGAUGGCUGCAACUGCUCCAGGGAAAUCUCCAAAGUCUUAUCUGAGGAUUCUUUCGUCCGAGACAAUCAACAGAAGGUUCGAUUCGCACCGGAACUCCCAGAAGAAUUCGCAAGAAACGGGUGAUCAGGGACCCAAAAAGGCUGAUAAGACGCUGCACAAGAUCCUGGAGAGUGAAAAGAACAUGAGGAUUGAUGGUUCAAGGGAUUUUGAGGCCGGUGUCUCUGUGAGCCCUGAGACACCUACAAAGGGUAGGAAUUCAGCAGCUCUGAGAACGCCUGAAAGAAGUUCCAAGCUGAAAUUAUCAUUGCAAAAGAAUAGGGUGUCUGAGAGUCCUUUGAAUAAACUGGAGACGCCCCCGGCGAGAACGCCCUCCACUUUCUCACCGACUAAAAUGUCCCCGACGAAGAGGCAUUACUACCCGAGAAAGAUCUUCAAAGAGAGCAUAAAUCUUGGAACUGUGGUUGAGAAUCUGAACCUGGCUAGACAAGGAGUCAUUCCUAUGAAUGACUUCGAUCUCGGAGAGAUUUACGAGACGGGAGAGUUCAAGUUCCAGUGGGGGACGAUGGACACCAGUGCUGCAGAGCAGUAUGACAUCAGUGAUGUCGUUGUUCCAAUGAGUAAGCACUCGGAGAGACUGCUGGAGAUGAUCUCCUGGGUGUUCGCUGAACCAGCCAACUGUGCCUACUUUGACGAGGAGGAGAGGGACAUGAUCUUCAGGAUAUUGACUUUGAAGCAAGAGGAGCAAGUGCUGCUGGCCAUCAUGCUGAAGAGGGAGAUCAGGUGGUUCAGGGUGAACAAGCAGAAUUAUGAGAAACACAUCGAGGGGAACAUGGAGAGCUCGUUGAUGAGUCUGGCUCAGAAGGGGUUCUUUAACAGUGACUGGGAAAGCGUCGACAUUGAGAUAAUUUUCAGUCUCCUGCAAGUAGACGAACUGAAAGAAGUCUGUAGACUCAUGAAGUUAAAUCACAACGUAGCUAAACCGAAAAUGAUCGCCUCAUUGAAGCAGCUCUUGCGCCAAAAAAGAAGUCACUUUAGUACAAAGUCUCCCUGUGAAGUAUUAAAAUCUCGUUUACUAUCAGUAGUGGGUCCAAUUCUGAAGCUCGCGGACAGCUUUGUCUCCUUGAUCCAUCGAAUUCUCGUUCUCUACUAUCCCAAUCAUAUUCCCGAGGACAAGCUAUCCGACAUCUUCUUCCUGUUCUCGGAGGUUCACUACGGCAACAAGACCUUCCCUUCGACUCCGAUAACGCGUUAUCCACUGUUCAAGAAUCGUCAGAGUCUGAUUGAUUACGUGGAAGCUAAACUCAUGUGGUCAGAGAUAGCUCGGAUCAUGAGCGAAAAGAAUAAAGGGCCUUCUCACUGGGAGGCGGCAAGGGAAUUGGGGACCAAGGCUUACGAUAGACUGAAGGAAUUGGUUGAUGCAGGUGUUGUACUGCAGUCAUACCAACAGCACUCGUCUUUUAAAUCUGAAAAACAAUCUUACAAAUUGCCUUCUCACAUCGGUCGCUUCACAUCGAUUUACGUGUGGUCUAAAAUCAUGAUUCUAAGUAUCGAAGCCUUCAAGAAGAUCAAGCCCGACGGUUACAUUAUCGCCGCAACGUACCUGGAAUUUCUCCUCAACAACCGUGGAAACAUUCCCGUUAGCUCUGGCAAACUCUACAAAGAGCUGACGAUGAUUAAAAUGAGCCACUUGAAGAAUCCUGAACAUUCAGCUAGGUUAACUCUCGAAGCCUUCUCCACGACUUCGUCGAUCAUCGACCAAGCAGAGAUGCUGGAUAGGGCGAAAAAGCUGGCAGGCAGAGUCAACGGUAUCUCCGUGGUUACCAAGGAUAAACUCAAGAAUAUCGUUGCCGAGAAAGAGACGGAAUUACUCUGUCUGCCGAGGGAGAGGGAGAUCGAGGUGAUGAAGGUGGAAAGGGAGGGCAUGUGGGGAAAGAGUCUCUGGCUGCUGCGAAUGGAGGAUGAGGAAACGGGAUAUGGAAGCGUUGAAGAUGUCGCUCUCAAUCAUUACGCCGAUAUUGGGUAUCCCAAGGGAAUUCAUUGCGAGGGAGCCCUUCCGGUCACUCUCUUCGCUUGUCUCUUUUGGAAAGAGAUCUACGAGCUCCCAGUACCUGGUGCCUUUGUCUCACCCUUCCAAAAUGCACCUCUAGACCUGUUUGGAUCGAACUUUUACGAAAAUCGGAGGGAACAUUUGGAGAAAAAAUUUGCAGAGCUCGAGGCACUCAAGGAUUUUGAGUGUGUGUGGGUGAAUAUGGUGGAGAAUUACCGGGAUUUUAUGGCGUUGGAGUCCAUCAUCCGCGAGGUGGUGGCGGAUGUUCAACUUUUUUAUGAGAUUAUCAAGUGUUUGGGGAAGAAUGGAGUACUUGGUAUUUGUAAGAGAAUCGUCUUGGAGGGGUUUGUCAAUUGGAGAUCAGGAUUUCCUGAUUUAUUUGUUUGGAAUGCCAAAACGGAGAAGUGUAAGGUUGUUGAGGUGAAGGGACCCGGUGACACUCUCUCGGUCAAACAGAAAUUAUGGAUCAAGUAUUUGGAGGAGAUUGGGGUGAAGGUGGAGGUUUGUCUUGUUAAAGCUAUGCAACAAUGUUGAGGAAUUCCAUUUAUAGUGGGAUUAAAAAAGAAAGAAAGUUCACUUUUUAUUUUUUGUUUUUUUUGUAAACGCCAAUUCCUCGAGACUAUCGUCUUUGCAUUUAUUCUAGUUUGGGAGGACUGCAUGUUGGGGAUAUUGCGUAUAUUUUGUCGUUUCAUUAUUUUAAUAUUAAAGAUUGGAUAUUUAAAAAUAGUUUAAUCAGAAGUUGUGCGAGUCACCAUACGAGUGGUACUGUGUGAUCUAUAUCGGAAAUAUAUAAACUCGGGGGAAUAAAUACAUACGAAAUAAAAAUUUUUUACCGAAUCAUUUUUUCUUGAAAAAAGUAGAAGAAAAUUCUACUCUCAACAGUAUGGAAAUUAUUUUCCGAACCGUGACAUAAUAUUUCUUAUGACUGUAUUAAAGAAAUAAAUAAUUAUUUUAAGCAACGAAA